AUGUCUCUGCGCAAAAAGGGGGCCGAGCGAAUUCCCGCCCAGCGCAUUGCUGACAUAACCCCGAGUACAACACGUGACUCUGCGCUUUUCCCGAAGCAGCAGCCCUGGGUGCUCAGGUGCAUCCUCAUCGCCAAUACCGACCGUCUCUCUGCUCUCUUUCGACCUCCAUCUCUACUUCACAAAGUUCAUCCCCAGCUCUCCCCAACUCAUCCCAGCUUAACUCUCUCUACGCCUCCGCCAUCUCUUUCUCUCCUCUCUCUCUGCAUCUCAACCCCCGCAAUUCUUCUCCGGGUUAUAUCCAUAACACACUUCCUCGUUCCUUUAUUCUCCGGUUCCGGUUCCGGUUCCGGCUCACAUCUCCAUCUCUAA